AUUAGAUUCGGAUCAUUCAUUCAUCGAUGUUUUUGAUGUGUUCAUCUCGAAAAAUUUCUUAGCAAUUUUAUUUCCAAGUAAUCGAUCAAUCUUUAUAUGAUGGAUAAAUCUCAACCGACGAAAAUUUUUAAGACUUAUAAUCGUCAGAAUUCUUUCAACAUACCACAAUUCAUUCAAAGUCAUCAUCAUUCAGACGAACUUAUGGCUUCGAUUAGUUCAAAUAAUAAAAUGAAUUAUCGACCAAUUGGUCAAACAAUAAUUGAUGAUGAUGAUGAUGAUGAUGAACCAUUAACUGAUAAAUUGAAUCGAAAGAUUCCUUUGUUCGGUUUAAUUAUGUCAAUGUUAUCGGUCGUUUGUUAUUCAUUGGCAUCAUUGAUCGUUAAAAUUCUUACUGAAUAUCAUGCAUUGGAAAUCCUUGGUAUCAGAUCUGUUUUUCAACUUAUAUUUUAUUUAUCGACAACUUUAUAUUUUCGAUUACCAAUAUUUGGUCUACCUGGACAUCGUUUAGAUCUAUCACUUCGAGCCAUUUUUGGUGCUAUAGCAGCAAUCACCAUUUAUAUGUCUUAUCGUCUAAUUCCGUUAGCUGAUGCAUCGACUAUUCAAUUUUCAGCUCCUGUUCUGGUUUUUGUUCUUGCUUAUUUUAUAUUGGGUGAACCAAUGACAUGUUGCCAUAUAUUAAUUGGUUUUGUUGCAUUGAUUGGCGUUGUAUUUGUAUCCAAACCAAAAUUUAUCUUACAAUUUUUUGAUCCUAGCAUUUUGGAAAAAGUCAACUAUCAAGGUAUCCUUUUGGCCAUAGUUGCAGCUAUAUCCACUGCUUUCUCUAUGAUCAUGUUACGAAAAUUGAAACAAACACCCGUACAUAUUGUUGUUCUUUGGUUUUCAACUGUUACAAUUAUUUCCGCAUUUUCUACAUUACCAUUUAUUGCUGAAUUUAUUUUGCCACAAGAUCUACGAAGCUGGCUUUGGUUGUUGGCCAUAGGUUUAUGUGGUAUUGGUGAUCAAUUGUUCAUGACAUUAGCAUUUAAAUAUGAAUCGGCCGGUAUUGUUUCUGUAUCACGUACAAUGACUAUCGUAUUAGCAUUCAUAUGGGAUACAGUCAUUUUAGAUGUUAUCGUCCAUUGGACAUCAAUCCUUGGUUCUAUUUUGGUCAUUUUUUCUGUUAUUAUGUUGGCCAUUAUUAGAUCAGUCGAUGAUCAAAACGGAAUAUUUAAAAUUUUAUGGUCAUAUAUUUGUUGCUGCAGUAAAAGGAAUUAUACGGAUGAUGAAAGCGAAAGCGAAAGGGAAAAAUUAUUGAUGAGCUCACCAACUACGGCAUAAUAUGAAUUGAAAUUGUACAGAAAACAUAAAUAUUUUUUAUUUUCCAA